GAGACUGCUGUAUCAAAGGGUAUGCACAGUUUUAUUGCCUUUUAAGCAGAGAACAGCCAUUUCAAGGAUCAUAAAGGAGAUUAAAGCAGGUGCUGUCUAAGGCUCAGAGCUUGUUCCUAUAUUGAAGAUACCAAGGUCAUCUACUGCAUCCUGAGUUAUCACCAGUUGUCUUAAUGUUUGUUCUGCCACUGGACUUGUUGACUAGGAAGAGAGUGUGAAGCUGACAACUUUGUACAACUCUGCCUCAUUUAAAUCCAAUUCACAAACCUAUCAGGACAUCUCUCCAUGAUGUUAUUGGUCAUCUUUGAAAAGAAGGGAUGAGCAACAACAUGAUUUUCCUUGAUUAUAAGCCCUUUGAGGGAUUCCUUGGCCCCUCUCCUGUUGGGCUGGCUGAAGUGAUCCAGUCUUGCUGAGGCAGGAUGUUCCUCGUGGGCCUGUCAGGGGGCAUUGCCUCAGGAAAGAGCUCAGUAGUUCAAGUGUUCAGGGAUCUGGGCUGUGCUGUGAUCGAUGCAGAUAUCAUUGCUCACCAGGUGGUAAAGCCAGGCUACCCUGCCUACUAUCGUAUUGUGCAAGCUUUUGGACGUGAGAUCCUGCUAGAGAAUGGUGAGAUCAACCGCCAGGCCUUGGGAAGCAUCAUCUUCCACCAGUCAGAGAAGCGGAAACUGCUGAAUGCCAUUACCCAUCCAGAGAUUCGUAAGGAGAUGCUGAAGCAGAUCCUGAAGUACUUGGUUCAGGGGUAUCGGUACGUGAUCUUGGACAUUCCCUUGCUGUUUGAAACUAAAACAAUGUUACGAUUCAUGAAGCAUACAGUGGUGGUGUAUUGUGACCCCCAGACCCAGCUGUCACGCCUGAUGCAGCGGAAUGGGCUGAGUCGAGAAGAGGCUGAGGAAAGGAUUGCAGCCCAACUGUCCCUGGAAGAGAAACGCCAGCUGGCUCGGCAUAUCCUGGACAACUCUGGGGAGUGGGAGGUCACUCGCCGACAGACCCUUCACUUGCAUUCCCAGCUAGAGGAUUCCCUGGACUUUUUACCAUUGAGGCUUGGCCUGUUUGCUGGGUUUCUUGGCAUCAUAUACCUAUUUUCUCGGCACCUCCUGCUUUAAUAAGCCCCCAUCCCCUUAAACACCCACCUCCAGGACCUGUUGUUGGUCCAGCCUACUGAGGCUGAGGCCAA